ACGCGACUCUUACUUCUCAAAUGUUCUAUUCUCCACUUUCUUUAUAUACCAAGCAAAAACCAAUAAAGCACUUAGUUGUGUAACACACCUCUCUCUAUCUGUUACUUUUUCUCAUUCACACUUGCUUCACAAUUUUACGCAGUUAUGGCUAUGGACGAUCCCAUUUCUCUCUCAGAUAUAGAGGAAAUAGAAAAUCAUGAUCAGAACAUUCUAAAGAAGCAUGUCAUGUUCUUUGAUCGAAAUAAAGAUGGUAUCAUUUACCCCUCGGAAACUUUUCAAGGGUUUCGAGCAAUCGGUUGCGGGUAUUUGUUAUCUUCAUUUGCUGCCAUUUUCAUUAACGUCGGUCUCAGUCGAAAAACCAGACCUGGGAAAUCCUUUUCUCUGCACUUCCCAAUUGAGGUGGAAAAUAUCCACUUGAGCAAGCAUGGGAGUGAUUCUGGCGUUUAUGACAAACAAGGAAGGUUUGUUCCGUCAAAAUUUGAAGAGAUAUUUGUCAAGCACGCAAAAACUCAUCCAAAUGCCUUGACUUCAGAUGAAUUGAAAGAAUUUCUCAAGUCAAACAGGGAGCCAAAGGAUUAUGCUGGAUGGGUGGCAGGCUUUUCGGAGUGGAAAAUCCUAUAUGUCCUUUGCAAGGACGAGCACGGCUUGCUGAAGAAAGAUGUAGUCAGAGCUGCCUACGAUGGAAGCCUGUUUGAACGAAUGGAGAAGGAGAAAGAAUCUAAGAAGAAAGCCGUUACUUCUAAUGUGUGAAGACAUGCAGCGACUAUGUUUGUGAAUUAUACAUCUAUCUGCUUUCAUAAUCUGAAUCAUAAUUGUUUGAUUGAGUAGAUAAAGAGAGUGGUUAUGCUAUUUUUAUGUACAUUGAGUUUGUAUUAAAUACAUAACAAGGAGAUUGUAUCCGUUUUCUGUGGGCAUUCCUUCGCUUCAUGAGGAAUAUUUGCAAUGUGCUACU